AUGGCCAUCCUCAACUCCUUCAUCGCCGACCAGUUUGAGAAGAUUGCCACCGCCGCCGCCCAGCUGUCCCGCGUCAACAAGAAGCCCACCCUGACCUCCCGCGAGAUCCAGACCGCCGUGCGCCUGGUGCUGCCCGGCGAGCUGGCCAAGCACGCCGUGUCUGAGGGCACCAAGGCCGUGACCAAGUUCACCUCCGCCUAA